GCAUGUCAUUGACGUCAUUAACACCCGUCACUUCAGGGUUGCACGCUGCUGCAGUUAGGCAGUAUUUUGCAGUGUGUUCAGCUUGCUCUUGGGUUCAUAUGCACCUUUUUCAUGGCAAAUGGAACAGGUGAAGUUGUGUUUUGUCGCGGGAUUGGUCAGAGUGACGACUCGGACAUUUGGGACGACACGGCCUUGAUUAAAGCUUAUGAUAAAGCCGUGGCAUCAUUUAAGAAUGCGCUGAAAGAAGACGACGAUAUGGCUCCUCAUACAAAAGAGAAACCUGGCAACAAACGCAAAAGCAACAAAAAGAGCAAAAGCAGAAAGAAAUCUAACACGUCUCCUGACGGAGAGUGGAAAGUCGGCGAUGCCUGUUUUGCAUAUUGGUCUGAAGAUGGAAACUUGUACGCUGCUACCAUUUCCUCAGUCGACCACGAGAAGGGCACCUGCAUCGUAUAUUACAACGAGUACGGGAACGAGGAGGAGCAGAAUCUGAGUGACCUUCUCCCAGAAGCUGCACAGUUAGAUGGAGAUACACAAAAGAUGGCAGAUGGAAAAGAGGUGGGGUCUUCUACGGAGGAGAGCGAUAGGUCUUCUACUCCACAUCAGUCUAAUCAACAGAAACACAAAGCUAAAGGCAAAGCUCCGGUGGUACCUCCUAUGUGGGGCCCUGGCUUUCCUCCUGUUCCUCCUCCUGGUUCACACUUAAGAAUGUCUGACAGCAGAAGAGGAGGAGGCGGAGGCUCUGGACCUGCUUUCCCUGGUUGGUCCCCAAUGAUGCCUCCAGGUCCACCGAUGAUCCCACCGCCACCACCGAUUAGUCCUGACAUGUUGGAGGAUGAUGAGGCUUUAGGCAGCAUGCUGAUCUCCUGGUACAUGAGCGGCUACCACACAGGAUACUACCUAGGAUUAAAACAAGGUCGUAAAGAAGCUGCUGCAAAGAAGUCCCACCACAAAUAAUGCAAUAUGAAGUCAUUCUGGUUAAAAGUGACUUCAGACUUUUUUGAUGAUGCUGAUCUACACUUAGAGAUCAUGUUCCACUUCCUGUUUGCUAUUCUUUGUACAGAAAUUAAUUAAAUGUUGUAUGUUCUUUUUUUUUCCACCCUGUGUCCAAGUGUGAUCUUUUCACUCUGAUUAUUUGUGAGUUGAAUUUGUGGUUAACGUUCUCAGGAAGAUUAAAGAAAUAAGGAGAUAUUUGCUGUUUUGGGUAUGAUGGGUUAUGACCUUUUCAUAUAAACAGUGAUCCUGUUCAAAUGUGAAAAUAUCAGAGGAUUGUAUUAAUAGGUAAUAGACACGUGGACGGACAUGUAUGCGGACGGGCGGGUGGACGGACACGUACGCGGGCGGACGGGCGGGGGCGGAUGGAAAUUCUUGUUACAGCAGCUUAUGCAGUUACAAGUACAACACAAAAAAUAUAAAAUGUCAUUUUAUAUACAUAUAAAAUGAUAUAUGAUUAAAAUCUUAGAUAUGUAAGAUCAACAUGUAAGACACACCAAAAGUAAAAUUAAAAGUCUAAGCCUGGCUGAUGCUCUUGAUUAAUGCCAUAAGCCACAUUUUGAGUGUAAUGUAGAACGGGUCAGUGAAUCUGUCUGACUGAGGACAUCGUACUUAAAUGCACUUAAAUCUAUUUUAAGGAUCUAAUGCUGGCUAAACUGCUUUCACUGUUAUGUAAAUAACAGUAUAUCACGGUAGUUCUGUUUCUUUCAUGCUCAUCCAUUUAAAUUAAGGAAUUCUUUUGACAGCAGGUGUCAGUAAAAGUGCUGCCACACACCGGGCUGAUGGACAACCUGAUCUAAUAAAAGAGGCAUACCAGAUUUGAAGCCAACUCAAGAAUGGUGUUGAAGCUCAAGGUCUCUGUGCUCCUCCCUAAUCCCUGCUGCUUUCACUUCGGGGAACCUUGAGCAUAAAUAGACCUGUACAGACUGUAAAUAGCCACUCUAGCCAAGAAACACUUGCGGUCCAGUAGUUGUAUGGAUAUUACUGCAAUAAAGAGUCUCCAAAAAAAUUGAGAAAAGAAUUAUUUGUAUAACUUUUAAAAAGGUUAUUUGGAUCAGGGGUACUGCUGGCAGAUGACUGUAGAAUGAAACGACCUGUUAGUUGGAUGAAAUAUAAAUUGGACUUGAUCCUGUAACAUAUAUGUACACACUAUAUUGCGAAAAGUUUUAGGAAAACCACUUUUACAUGCACAUGAACUUUAAUAACAUGCCAUUCUUAUU